CGCCGUGCGCGGCGCCCGGGCCCCGGGGACGGGCACCCCCCUCGGACCCCGACAGCGGCGGCGCUGCGGAGAGGGAGACCCGCCGGGACCGUGGCGCCCGGAGCGCGGGGAGCGGCCGGGAAGAAGCCGCCCAGCGCCCAGGCCAUGAAGGAGGAGGCCAUCCUGAGGCGACGCUUCUCGCUGUGCCCGCCGUCCGCCCCCCAGAAGGCCGAGCCCCGCAGGCUGGCCCGGGCCCUGCUGCUCGGAGGCGAGAAUGAGCUCGACCCCCUCAGCCCAGGGACGGACGUGGAGCACAAUGGCCCUUCGCUGCCCAGGGAUGAAGGGCCCCCGACCCCCGGCUCCGCCACGAAGUUGCCACCGGCAGAGUCCAGGCUGUGCAAUGGGUCCGACAAGGAAUGUGUGUCCCCCACAGCCAAGGUCACCAAGAAGGAAACUCUCAAGGUGCAGAAGGAGAACUACCGGCAGGAGAAGAAGCGCGCCACCAAGCAGCUGCUCAGCGCGCUGACCGACCCCCGCGUGGUCAUCAUGGCCGACAGCCUGAAGAUCCGGGGGACCCUGAAGAGCUGGACCAAGCUGUGGUGCGUGCUGAAACCCGGCGCCCUGCUCAUCUACAAGGCGCCCGACGUGGGCCAGUGGGUGGGCACCGUCCUGCUGCACUGCUGCCGGCUGCUGGAGCGGCCCUCCAAGAAGGACGGCUUCUGCUUCAAGCUCUUCCACCCGCUGGACCAGUCGGUGUGGGCCGUGAAGGGACCCAAAGGCGAAAGUGUGGGCUCCAUCACACAGCCCCUGCCCAGCAGCUACCUGAUCUUCAGGGCGGCCUCUGAGUCAGACGGCCGCUGCUGGCUGGACGCCCUGGAGCUGGCCCUGCGCUGCUCCAGCCUCCUGCGGCUCAGCGCCAGCCGGCCUGGCAGCGACCAGGAGCCCGGGUCCUCGCCCGACGGGUCGCCCUCCUCGCUCUGCGGGCUGCUGCCCUCAGCCGCCGUCCACGACCAGGACCUGUUCCCGCUGAACGGGUCCUCCCUGGAGAACGACGCCUUCUCGGACAAGUCGGAGAGGGAGGCGGGCGAGGACUCGGACGCCGAGGCCCAGGACCUCAGCCAGAGGACCAACGGGAGCGGGAGCGACCUGUCCGAGGCCCCCGCCCCUCGAGGGACCACGUACGUGGAACAGGCCCACGAGGAGCUGGGGGAGCUGGGCGAGGCGGCCCAGGUGGAGACGGUGUCGGAGGAGAACAAGGGCCUGAUCUGGGUGCUGCUGAAGCAGCUGCGGCCGGGCAUGGACCUGUCCCGCGUGGUGCUGCCCACCUUCGUGCUGGAGCCCCGCUCCUUCCUCUGCAAGCUCUCCGACUACUACCACCACGCCGACCUGCUGUCCCGGGCCGCGCUGGAGGACGACGCCUACAGCCGCAUCAAGCACGUGCUGCGGUGGUACCUGUCUGGCUUCUACAAGAAGCCCAAGGGGAUCAAGAAGCCCUACAACCCAAUCCUGGGGGAGACCUUCCGCUGCAGCUGGUUCCACCCCCAGACCAACAGCCUCACCUUCUACAUCGCCGAGCAGGUGUCCCACCACCCGCCCGUGUCCGCCUUCCACGUCAGCAACCGGAAAGACGGCUUCUGCAUUAGCGGCAGCGUCACGGCCAAGUCCCGGUUCUACGGGAACUCCCUGUCGGCUCUGCUGGACGGCAAGGCCACGCUCACCUUCCUGAACCGGGCGGAGGACUACACCCUCACCAUGCCCUACGCCCACUGCAAAGGGAUCCUGUACGGCACCAUGACCAUGGAGCUGGGCGGCCGGGUGACCAUCGAGUGCAAGAAGAGCCACUUCCAGGCCGAGCUGGAGUUCAAGCUCAAGCCGUUCUUUGGGGGCAGCGCCAGCAUCAACCAGAUCUCCGGCAGGAUCACGUCGGGGGACGAGGUGCUGGCGCAUCUCUCGGGGCGCUGGGACGGCGAGGUGUUCAUCAGGGAGGAGGGCCGUGGCGGCGCCCAGCUCUUCUGGAACCCGAGCCCCGAGGUGCGCGGGCAGAGGCUGAAGCUGCGCACGGUGCUUCUGGAGGAGCAGACGGCGCUGGAGUCGGAGCGGCUGUGGCAGCACGUCACCAGGGCCAUCAGGGAGGGUGACCAGCACACGGCCACGCGGGAGAAGUUCGCUCUGGAGGAGGCCCAGCGGCAGCGGACCCGGGAGCAGCAGCAGCGCCUGGCCCCAUGGGCGCCCCGGCUGUUCCACCUGGACCCCGCCACCCAGGAGUGGCGCUACCGCUUCGAGAACCACAGCCCCUGGGACCCCCGGAAGGACUUGGCCCAGUUUGAGCAGGACGGGGCUCUGCGCACCCUGCAGCGGGAGAGGCGGCCCCCACAAGGCCAUCUGGGCGGCAGCCCAGGGCCCAGGCGCCAGAGGCCGGGCCCUGACCGGCGACUCCGCAAGGCCAGCGACCAGCCCUCCGGCCACAGCCAGGUCACCGAGAGCAGCGGCUCCACGCCCGAGUCCUGCCCGGAGCUCUCGGACGACGAUGGGGACGGAGACUUUGUCCCCGGCAGCGAGAGCGCGUGCCCGCGGUGCGGGAAGGAGGCCGGGCGGCUGCAGGCGCUGCACGAGGCCGUGCUGUCCAUCCGGGAUGCCCAGCAGGAGCUGCACAGGCACCUGUCGGCCAUGCUCAGCGCCUCGGCCAGGGCGCGGCGGGCGGUGGCCCCGGGCCUCCUGCAGAGCCCACGCGCCUGGGGCCUGCUCUGCGUGCUCCUGGCCUGCCAGCUGCUCAUGAACCACGUCCUCACCUAAGAGCCCCGCGGGACGCGGCGUCACCUGCAGACCCGCCACCGCCUCCCGCCACCCGCCCGGCACCCAGCACUUUACCAGCCCCGGGGAGGCAGGCGGACGGACACUCCGAGCUCGGCCGCGGUGGACAGAGGGGUCCCGGCAGCCGGAGGACAGCAGGAGGGACCUGGCGGCCACCGGCGCCCCCGGGGGAGGGGCUGGCCUCUCGGCAGGGCCCUGCCCAGCGCCGGCCUGGAUGCUCCCGCCACAGGCCACUGCCUGGUGCCCGCUCCUGGUCACUGCCUCUCACUCCGGCGCAGCGUCCACCUGCCGGGGCCUGGCGUGGGGGGUUAGGAGGGCCUGCCAGGGUCAGACAGUCCCAUCCCAGCGGGGCUGCAGGGGGAGGAGCCAGCCGGGGCCCCCAGGGCCUCCUCGGGCCUGAGGCACAGGCUGUCGCCCCUGAGACCCUGUCCCUGUCGCCUGGAGCGGCCUCGGCCGGGACCCUGGGGCCCCCUGACUCGGCUCGUGGGGUUCACGCUGCCCGUGUGCUGCUUGGACACAUGCUCCGUGAGAAGUGCAGGGCAGCCGGUCCUGUAGGCGGUGGGGACACGUGACCGCGGUGCCAGGGAGAGGCUGGUGUGCUCAGCUGCCCACACGGGACACGGGGGCUGUUGGGCUGGGCUGAUGCGUGCUCUCCCGCUCUGAGCUUCUUGUUGUUAAUCCUCACAUAUUUUUCCAUUGAUUUUUAGGGAGAGUGGGGGGCGGGGGGGAGACAGAGAGAGAAACAUGGAUGUGAGAGAGCCACAUGGACUGGUCGCCUCCCGCACGCACCCCGGCCAGGGCUGGGGACGGAGCCUGCAGCAGAGCCUGCAGCAGAGCCUGCAGCCCUUGACCGGAAUCGAACCCAGGACCCUUCAGCCCGGGCGCCGAUGCUCCGUCCACUGAGCCGCACCGGCCAGGGCUCCACACUUUUUAGAUAGACACGAUUGCAAUGUUUUAGGCAGCGCGGGGCCCCUGUUCCUGUGUCCGUGCCCCGUGUGUGUGCGUGUGCGUGUGGGAGUGUGCGUGUGCGUGUGGGAGUGUGCGUGUCGUGUGUGUGCAUGUGCGUGUGGGAGUGUGCGUGUGCCUGUGGGAGUGUGUGUGUCGUGUGUGUGCAUGUGCGUGUGCAUGCGUGUGCGUGUGUGAGCACCUGCACGGUGGGUACACACGGAGCCUUAAACUUGGUGGCCGCGCCCUCUGAGCCGAUGGCCAGACUUUGUAUCCAUGUUCUUGUUGUCCCCCCAUUCGGGGUCACGUCUGUGCUCCAUCCUUGAAAUAAAGGACACACACACAUUG